AUGCCGGAACUAAUAGAACAGAUGUACAGCUCCCAACAGAUUGUGAUACCGCCAAAGUAUCCUUAUAUUCUCAAAAGAUACUGUAAAGCGGCCAUAAAGACUCAGCCCUACGACCUCCUUCGAUGGUCCUUUGAAUAUUUCAAAGCCCUAGCUGAACAUCGACCCCCGCCCGUCAAGUUACGCCUGGAGUAUCCUAUUUACAGCACUGAGGGGGGACUUACCAGGGGAUGCCUGAAGGUCUUGGCUCAUCAGCUAUACGGCAUGUCCGACAUCCCGCUGUCUACUCUGAAGCAGGCAUGGAAUGGCUUCUGCCUGGACUCCAUGGAAUUGCAGAGGAUCCUGUGUCUCUGCGAGGUCUACCACAGGCAGGAUGAUGUACCAUAUUUGCAUUUUCUGGCUGUCGCUGGUGGGAUGCUUACUAAGUGUCUAACCCAUACCAUGAUCCUGCUCUGUGAGUCUCUUACCAAGGAACCGGACGGUGGUGCAGCAGCUAUUCCUGUUGAGGAGUUCCUUGCCAUGUACCUUUACCUGGCGAAGAUGGAUGCGUCCAAAGAUGUGCAGUACCAUAAUGGAUUUAGAGAAGGUGAGCACACCAGCUUUUUACUUAUUUCCGGUACUGUACAAAUCUGGGCUGGUGAUAAUGACAGAAUUAUGACGACAAAAGAUAACGGACCUCUUAUUCCAGGGUCUGUUCCAGAACCGGAGGUAGAAGACGAAGAAGUUACUCAAACUGAGCCGACGUCUGAACAGCCUGAAUCGGAUAAAGAAGACGAUUACUGGGAAGGCCAGGACCUUCAAAUUUUGCCCUUGAUAGAUGACCACGUCCCUAGAACGGCCAGGUUGAGUGUGAGGCUGAAUCUCCCAACCAUUGGGACGAUAGAGAGAUCUCCCUCUAUAGAGAGAAUGAGAGAAAUUGAGAGAGAGAAUUAUAAUCGGGAGAGAAUCGGAGAACCUAAAGAAGAGAUAAAAGAAACUGUGUCUGAAACAGAAGAAACAGAAGAAAAUGCAGAAGAAGAAGAAGAAGAAGAAGAAGAAGCCGUAACGGAAGAACUUCCACCAACACCGAGUCCCGAUCAGAACGAUAGAGAAAGAGUCAAACUAUUCUUAUCUGAAAUAGAACAAGUGCGAGCUGAACGUCUAAGUGAUAUAGAAAGGACAUUUGAUGAGAUAGCCGCCCUGGUGGACAGAUAUGAGACGGCUAACUAUGACCUUGGCAUGGUGGCUGGACGUCAAAUGUCGACCACCAGUGGGGAGUUCAUUGUCCAGCAUAUUGAAAAGGAAAUUAUGUCGUACAUCAACGAACAGAUCGCCAUAUUACCAGACCCUGAUUUGAAGAAGAAAAAGGCAAAACCAGAAGAGGUGGCGAUGAUCAAGGAUAUCCUGGAGACUUUUCUGGAUGAGAACAUCGACGCUAUAGUAACAGAAGUGGAAGAAAUUGAAGAAGAAGAAGCGCCUAUACCUGAUAUAGUUGUGGUGUACGCAGUGCCUGGCAUUGGGCCUCCAGUGGACAAUGAAACCAUGGCAGACUUUGAGGAGUACAUCAGGGAAGUCUCCAAGGUUCAGGCAGAUAUGGUGAUGCCUAGAAACAUUAGGCAUUUCCUUUGCCCACCGCUUGAGAAAUACAUCGACCAGGAUUACGAACAAAAAGAACAGACACAUACUACAGACGAAGUUCCCGUUGGUGGUACUAUCGUCGAAUAA